CACUGUUAGUUUAGGCACGAGCUUCCCGAAUAGAAAUGGAAAUGAAAACGCAGCAACUAAAGGAGUUUCUAUUUGAUUUUGACAAUGAUAGUCCAUUUUCGAAGAACGAAAAAUUAAAUCAAGAAUUAAUCUUCACAGAAUCGCUAUGGAAAAACCUCCAGCACAACUUUCAACACGAAACUCUGGAGGGUUUCUUUAAAGGGCUACCCGAAGAGGAGCGCGAGUUGUAUUUUAAGUUUGGUAUCGAGUGCAUACUGAACUUUAUUCAAAUUAACUUUACCGGCCCCACAAUUGUACAACAGCUCGACGAAUUUCUCAAUAAGACAUGUGCAGAUUUCGAUUACAAGAGCCGUCUCUCAGUAGAUAACGAAGACAUUAAUGUCAACACAAAGCAUGCCGUUUUACUCUGUGCCGCAUCGGCUAUUUUUAAACACUGCGAGUAUACUAGCCUCAAUUGUUGGUGGCAAUGGCGAGCUUUAAUGAUUCACCAACAGAUUCUGGACGAUUUGAGCCCUAAGUUGCUGGCCGAAGUAGAGGAAUUACACAAAAAAUUGCUAGACCUAAACUUAGAGUCGCAUUUCCAAGCUUUAUUGGAGCUGGAGCAGGUGCAGCUCUAUCAAAUUUACAGGGACAUUCCAAAAUCGGAGCUGCAUCUUAAAAAUGCCAGGGAAUUGUUGGGUGUUAAGCACGACCUGGUGGGGGCUUUGGGAAGACGAACAAAGUACCAACAGAACGACGUUGCUCAAUUACAGCUGAUUGUUAGUAUCGGCGAGAAUACGACCCGAUGUGAUGUUCGCGAAUUUACGGUUGCCAAAAAUUUAGCGUUAGAAGACGAUGUUCGAUUGGAUACCGUACAAUUUAAGGCGGCACCUAAUUUACCCAUGCUAACGGAUUUGGAACAGAAGUUUUUAGUUCUAUCUGUGAGACAACUGAUCAUCUCGCAGCCUCGGGAUAAUUUAUACUACGAGGAAAUCAAGCCAUAUCUCGAUUACUUGUUGCACCAAAGAAACACGUGGGCGGUACGUGCUGUUGUACUGUUGAUACGUUGUAAACUCGAAUCGUCGCAUAAACGCACAAUAGAGCGUUGCCUGCUGCAGUGCGAGGAGGUUAUGCAAUGUGUGGGCCGGGAGGAGCCGCAGUUUUACAACCGUUUAACCGGAGUGUUUUGCACUCAUUUUCUUCCAAUUUGGAAAAUUGAGGAACAGCUGGCCGAGCUUAUGCUGAACACUGGACUGAUUAAAGCGAGCUUAGACAUUUACCUUCGACUAAAACUGUGGGAGGAAGUAAUCGUGUGCUAUACUCUGUUAAAAUUGCGACACAAAGCUACCGAGAUCAUCAAGGAACAAUUGGAAGUGAACCCCACCGUAAAGCUUUGGUGUUUACUAGGCGAUUCAACCGACGAUGUUGAUUGCUACCAAACUGCCUGGGAGAUGUCCCGGCACCGUAGUAGUAGAGCUCAGCGUCACUGGGGCGAGUAUCUCUACUACCGCAAGCAAUACAUGGCUGCGAUUCCGCACUUUGAGGAAUCUCUAAGAAUUAAUCCCUUGCAAGUCGAAGUGUGGCUUCACUAUGGAUUUGCCGCCUUGGAAAUGGAAAAUUGGCAGUGCGCCGCUACCGCUUACAAACGCUACACGACGUUAGAACCGGGAAAUUUCCAGGCGUGGAAUAAUCUCGCGAAAACUUACAUUAAAUUGGGCCACAAACGUGCCGCCCAUCAAGCUUUACACGACGCCAUCAAGUGCAACUUUGACAACUGGAAGGUUUGGGAUAAUUUAAUGGUUGUUAGUGUCGAUGUUAACGCAUUUUCUGACGUUAUCAACGCCUAUCACCGAAUUCUGGACCUAAAAGGAAGUCACGUAGAUCCUGAAGUUUUACAAGCGCUAGUCUCCCACGUCACUUGCAGUACAAAAGAACCUAAUUUACUGUUGAGGAGGACACAGGAAUUGUUUGGCCGACUGACCAGCAUUUGUCCUUUACACGGGAUUCUUUGGGAAUUGUACGCCGAUUUGGCAACAGAUGUCACUACAGUAGCUCAGAGGCUGCAACGUGCUCACAGGGGAUACACGCAAACGGGAUGGGAAAAGGAUAUUGGCCAAUGCAAGGAAGUGUUACGAUUAUGUGAUAAAUUAGGGGAGUGUGCUUUAAAUAACGAGAUUAAAUCGUCAGAUUUAAUUGUUAGUAACGCGAGGCUAAGCCUGACCUCAUCUUUAUCUGCAAUUAAAAAACAGCAGUUUAACGAACCCCUUGAUGUUGAUAAUCUUAGCUCGCUAGUGCAACAAGUUACGGAAAAAUGUAGGACUGCACAUUCUAGUAGUUAGGUGCUUUUAUUAAAGUUGUUACGUUUUUGUAUAAAUAAAUGACUUUUUUAACA